CGCUCGGCCGCGCUCGGGUCCACAGCUCUAUGGGGAAAGCGGCCGCUCUAAGCCGAGGCGGCGGCUGCGCUGGCCGCUCCCGCGGGCUCUCGUCGCUGUUCACGGUUGUGCCCUGUCUGUCCUGCCACACGGCGGCGCCGGGCAUGAACUCGUCCACGUUGGGCUCAGGGCCGGCGCCAAAGCCUCAAUUCCAGCCUGUACAGGCACCAGAGCGGGAGUUGCUGUCGGAACAGGUGUGUCAGCCAAUUUCUGAGCCGAGAUCCGAACCUGGGUCCCAGACGACGUUUGUGCCACAGCCCUUAGGGGCUGGGCAGGAAUCGGAAUCACUGGGAUUGUGGCCGGGGUCUGGGUCCAAUACCAAAGCUUCACCAGAGCUGCCAUCCCCGCCGCGAUCAACAGCAGAGAGUUUGCCCAAAACCGAGUCUAAGGCGGGGCCGAAGACCCAGUCUGUUCUGCGACCAGGACAGUCAAAGACUUCUGCCGGGAGUCCAGUGUCAGGGACUGGUGUCCCAAUGGUCUCACCACCUCUGGACAGCUACAAGGGCUGGCUCUUCAAGUGGACUAACUACCUGAAGGGCUACCAGCGCCGCUGGUUCGUGCUCGGCAAUGGCCUGCUAUCCUACUACAGAAACCAGGGUGAAAUGGCCCACACCUGCCGUGGAACCAUCAACCUGGCCUCCGCGCACUUCGAAACAGAGGACUCUUGUGGAAUCUUGCUAUGCAACGGGGCAAGGACCUACCACCUCAAGGCCAGCUCAGAGGUGGACCGGCAGCAAUGGAUCACCGUUCUGGAGUUGGCCAAGGCCAAGGCUAUCCGUGUGAUGAACACUCAGUCAGGUAGUGAUGGUUCAGCACAGGGUGUGUGUAUGUGUGUGUGUGUGUGUGUGUGUGUGUGUGUGUGUGUGUGUGGUGUCAUGGUAGUCUAGAGGAACUAGGAAUCAAAAACAUUUGGGAACAGCCAUGACCAGGAAAUCCAAGGUAGUGUGGUCCAAUUCAGAAGGCCUAACGUCUGUGUGUUCCCUUUCCACUCGGUUGGACGCACCGUCUUCAGUGAGGAAGCUAUUUGGCCAAGGUAUUUGUGGGUAGCUGGCAGUCCUGGGGAUGGGAGUGUUUGCUGUGCCAGGGGCUGUGUGUGCCUUUUUUCUUUUUUCUUUUUAAAGCAGAGUGGUUAUGAGGAUUUCGGUAGAUGCUUCAAAUAUUGGGUGAUCCAAACCCAGAAACAGGGCUAUAGGGUGGGGUCCACAAUGGUGCACUGUGCCUCAGACUGGUUGUUUCCCCGACUGAUCAAACUGUGGGUAGUGAGGAGAGUUGCCCAGAGAUGCUGCCCUGGCCAGGUAGGACACCAAUUCCGAUGGCCCAGCAAAGUCCUCAUAUGAUCUAUAAGCCAAUAGUUCAAAAGCCUGUGGAUAAAACCCAUGUUU